AUGAUCUUCUCCGGCCUCGCAACUAUGAUCCUCUUCCAAACCGCAACAACCAUUACCUCCUGGCAAUACAGCGUACAUGCCACGCAUGCUGCCGCGGCGCUGGACUAUUCUCUGGAUAUUCAUGUACCAGACGUUCUCGGCAAUGCUCAUUGCCACCAUGCACAACCUGUACCCAGUCGAGAUCUUAUCGCUCCCGCUGCGUGCCAAGGGGAUGGGCCUCUACGGGUUGAUCCAGGGCGGUGCGGUGCGGUGCAAACUUACGGCAUUUCAAUCGGCAUUGACAAGCUCGGGUACAAGAUCUGGGUGGUGUAUAUCGUCUACAACAGUGUGCAGUUGGCCCUGUCGUACUUUGUCUUCCCUGAGGACGUAUGGACUGUCGUUGGAGGAAAUCGAUGCUGUUUUCGAGACGCCAGGUGUUUCGCCGGUUAA